GGGCGCGGCGCGGGCAUGGCUCGCGGGGCGUGGGGGCUGCUGUGGCUGCUGCUGGGCAGCGCCGGGGCCCAGUACGAGAAAUACAGCUUCCGAGGAUUCCCUCCGGAGGACCUGAUGCCACUGGCCACGGCCUACGGCCACGCUCUGGAGCAGUACGAAGUCGAGAGCUGGCGCGAGAGCGCGCGCUACCUGGAGGCGGCGCUGCGGCUGCACCGGCUGCUGCGCGACAGCGAGGCCUUCUGCCACGCCAACUGCAGUGGCCCCGCCACCUCGCAGCCUCAGCCCGCGUCCGGCCCGGACGGCGACCACGACGGCGAUGGCGAGGACUGGGCUCGCGAGCUGCGGCUCUUCGGCCACGUCCUGGAGCGCGCCGCCUGCCUGCGGCGCUGCAAGAGGACGCUGCCCGCCUUCCAAGUCCCUUACCCGCCGCGGCAGCUGCUGCGCGACUUCCAGAGCCGCCUGCCCUAUCAGUACCUGCACUACGCGCACUUCAAGGCGAACCGACUGGAGAAGGCGGUGGCUGCGGCCUACACCUUCCUCCAGAGGAACCCCAAGCACGAGCUGACCGCCAAGUAUCUCAGCUACUACAGGGGGAUGCUGGAUAUUGGAGAUGAGUCCCUCACCGACCUGGAGGCCCAGCCCUACGAGGCUGUGUUCCUCCGGGCUGUGAAGCUUUACAACAGCGGGGACUUUCGCAGCAGCACAGAAGACAUGGAGCGGGCCCUGGCUGAGUAUAUGACGGUCUUUGCUCGGUGUCUAGCUGGCUGUGAGGGAGCCCAUGAGCAGGUAGACUUCAAGGACUUCUACCCAGCCAUAGCAGGUAUCUACCAUUCAGACCACUGUGGGGUAUCCCUCACCCACAGUGCCCUGGCUUCCCAGGCCUUCUAAGGCCUCUUAAUGCAUGGCUAUGUCCCGGGACAGCAUUCAGCAGUGAAUGAUGUGCGCCAGGCUGCCCGCAGUGCUGCUAGCUACAUGCUCUUUGACCCCAAGGACAGCGUUAUGCAGCAGAACCUGGUAUAUUACCGCUUCCACCGGGCUCGCUGGGGCCUUGAAGACGAGGACUUUCAACCCCGGGAGGAAGCUGUGCUCUAUCACAACCAGACCUCUGAGCUCCGGGAGUUGCUAGACUUCACACACAUGUACCUUCAGUCAGACGAUGAGAUGGAACUGGAGGAGACAGAAUCACUCCCGGAGCCUGAAGAACCUCUAUCUGAUGCUGAGUUCGAAGGCGAGGGCGACUAUGAGGAAGGUCUCUAUGCUGACUGGUGGCAGGAGCCAGAUGCCAAGGGUGAUGAGGCCGAGGCCGAGCCAGAGCCUGAACUGGCAUAAGGCGGUGACAUGGUGCACUCUUCAAGCUCAGGACACCUGGCUGGGGGCAAGAACUAUUUAUUAAAACUUAAAAUAGCCAGGUGUGGUGGCACACACCCUUAACCCUGGCACCCGGGGGAGGCAGAAGCAGGCAGAUCUCGGGGCCAGCCCAGCCUACACAGUGAGAUCCUGGCCAGGCCAGGCGACAUAAUGAGAUCUUGUCUCAAAACAAAAACAACUGAAUGUGGUAUCACAUGCCUUUAAUUGCAGCAGCUGGAAUGCAGGGGCAGGUGGGUCUCUGUGAGUUUCAGGCUAGCCCGACGUAGUGAGUUCUAGGCCAGUAGAGGCUCUGUUGUAAGACCCUGUCUCAAAAUAAAACAAAAGGAAAAACCUCA